CUUUCGUCGUAAAACGCGUUUCCCAAUCGAGCGAAACAAGCGAAAAAUGAGAAAAUGUUUGACCGUCCGAGAUGUCGCGACUGGAGUCCACUAUCGACGCAGCAGCUACGGUUGCGCAGCUUAAUACAAAUUUCCGGACACAACAUCACCGUACCUGCACCGGCAGAAGGAAGAUUUAAAUGUACCGUUUACUUUACGCUUCACCAGACGCCUCAUUCCGCCCCAUUUUACACGAGUGAAAAGCUUGACCUGCACCGGAACGUACUGUGGGCGGAAAUCGACUGUCCGGCGACGAUCAAAUCCUCCCUCCGGAGUGUGUGUGUACGCGUUUGGGAAACAUUGGGCGGUGAGGGUGCAACGCAAGUGCCUCACGGGAACGAAAACGACGAUGAGAAUCUGUCGACAAAAAACACCUCCGAUCGUAUGCUGUUUGCAUGGGGCGUUUAUUUUUCCGGACUGGUACCUCUGGCACGACGGAACGACAAGCGUCUCCGGCCGAAUACGCUCGUGUUUCAGCUGCACGGUGGAUACUUUACGUCGGCCGCUUGCAUACUUGAGCCGGACGAACGGCGACCGAUGGUGGGUACGGGCGUCGUGACGGAAGGAACGAUACCAAAAACAGCGACCACACACUCAUCCUCGGCAACGAUUCCGAUACUUGGUGGUGGUAGUCGACGUAGUGGCCGCGAGAACAACGUCUUACACUGUGAUACUAGCAAUAAUUCUUCCCCUUUGGCGGCUGGGCCUCAGCUUUCUUACCAGACGCCAUCUUCCGCUUCGCCGAAUCAGUGGACCUUCUCGAAUGGAGGGAUGCUGGGCGGUGUGGAAGGUCGUCUCGAUAAGCUAUCCGUAUCACCGGUGGUCAGCAAUGGUGGAAGCAGUACGGGAACCGGAUUUCCCCACGCAAGAUCCACAAGCCCAUCCACACCGAUCAGUUGGACGGAACCGUUCGAGAUGAGCUUAAAGUUGCGGUAUCUUGUGAUGGAAUUCACCACUCCAGAGGUACGCCCUAGCUACGAUGUAACGCGUCUACUAGCGAUACAGGAACGGCAAAGACGCAUCCGGUAUGAAGCCGAUAGCGCCAAAACGCUCACGGAACGUAUCUGCAUGAAGAGUGCCUACUGUUUGAAUAUGGAACUGUUUAGCAGUAAGCAUCUGGUGUACCGGACCGGGACGAAUCAAGGCCGAACCGGUGGAAUGGGUAAGCAGCUGAGUAAACUGCUCUACCAGGAACGGGAACCGAUCGAUCCGACCGUGUUGCUGCGCGGCCAGGAACUGAGACGACAGAUCGAGCGGGCUCGGUUUCGCUGUCGGUUGUUGGCGCAGGAACGGGACCGAAUGUGUGGCGGUAUGCAGCAGCUACGCAAUCGGUUAAAUGUGGCCUGUGAUAGUAAUAUUGAGCGCGAAUCGGCACUGAUGGAACGAUAUCGGACGUACGGAAGGGAGAAAGAACAGUUGUACCAGCAGAAGAUGGCGUACGCGAGCCAGAAGGACAGUGUGCGGGAAGUAUGCGGGAAGAUGUUGCAUGUGCGCCAUCGGUUGUUACGUGAAUUGAAUGAGAUUUAUUAUAUCAAAUCGACGAAUCAAGGCAUCUACACGAUUAACGAUGUACCGUUGCCGAAUGCGGAAUCGUACUCCGACUCAACGCCGGCACUGGCCCUUAGCGUUGCCCUCGGUUUCGUUGCUCAUGCUGUGAUGAUGUGUUCCUCGUUCUUAGAUAUUCCAUUACGAAAUCCUAUAAAGUAUGAUGGUUCCCGAUCGAAAAUAGUGGACCACAUUAAGGUUCUACCGACGAUGGAUCGAGACUUCCCUUUACACUGUCGCUCGGGCCCAGCACCGAACGCACUCCUCUACGGUGUGUACCUGUUGAAUCAGAACAUUUCACAGCUGAAGCAUCAGCUUUCGCUGAGUCGUGGUGAUCCGCGUGCCACACUCAUUAACCUGCUGGACAUUCUCACUAUCCCGGGAAUCGGUUCCCUAUCAAACCGUACCCUUGAGGAAGCGUUCCAGCCACUACCCGUCUCUUUGUACGGUUCGUCUUCGGUCGAUUUAAAGAUGUCGCCCGGAUUUGUUCCGCUACCAGCGUCCGUCGGCAGUAGUAGCGGAAGUAGCAGCAGUGGCUCUUUUCUUCGGGAAAGUCCCUCAACCAGCAAUAGAAUUUCCCGUUCGGUUGAUAACUACACGGACCGGUUUCAGGAUCGACGGCAGCAUAUGCAAAACCAGUACCGGCAGCAUCCGUUGCAGCAGCAGGGUAAGCUUUCGAACAGUAGUAGCGGAAUCGAUACGGUGGUCGUCGAUCAUCACCAACAUCACCAUCAGCAUCGUCAUCAUCAUUCACAGAGACGCGGUUGUGGCGAUAGUACGUUUGCUUCCGAUCCGAUCCUAGCUCAAGGUGUCCCAUUACAGCGAUCGUACGAUUGUGAUGGCGGUAAAUAG